AUGGACGCCAUCCCUCGUACGAGCUCUAACGUCACCGUUGAAUACACUGAUCCUUCCGGACUUUUCCCUUCAAUCAAACCCUUUAUCCUCGAAACCUUGCCCCUCAGAAACCUGCACUGGAAAUCUCCUAAUCGGCCUCUUCGCUCUAUUGACUCCCUCCAUAUCGAUCUCGUUCCUUCACAAAAUACAUCGGAGGAUCACAAACGACUCAGCGAUGCAGUUAGCAGCACAAUUCCCCACCGUAGGCAUCAGAUACCAGGCCUCCGCCAAACGCCAUAUUUAAAAAUCUACAUCUUGUCUUGCGACGACAACGAAACGUACAAAACCACUGCCAGGAAAGAGGUACGGGAAUGGAUCAAAACUCAUGGCACGCCUCCCCAAAGUAGCGGCAGCCCGCCCGGUUCUCAAGACAAUCACAAUGCGUUUGAAUGGCUUAUCAUACACGUGGUAUCUGGAGCUGCGGAAACUGUAGAGAAACCCGGGACGGCGUCGAAAUGGCCCGGCAGAGGUUCGACCACUGUGCUCGAGAAAUUCAAAGCUGACUUCAACGGAUCGUCAAAAUCAGCCGUUGAUCGUGUGGCGCAGCUCCACAUCCCGAAGUCGGAAUCGGAUAAGCGGCCUGCCGAACUCGCUGGUCAACUCGAGGACUUAGAUAUGAAGUUGAAAUCUUCCAUCUUAACAUCCUUUGAUUCUCGUGUCAGUCAAUAUGAGGAGGAUAUCCGACUCAAGGACUCCCAAAGAAGCCUGCCGGGCUGGAAUUUCUGUACGUUCUUUAUAUUGAAAGAAGGACUUGCACGUGGAUUUGAGCAUGUUGGUUUAUACGAAGAUGCGCUAAUUGGAUACGAUGAGCUUGCUGUUGGGUUGGAUGCGGCUCUUCGUGACCAAAUAGUUGCUGAGGGAGACCAACAUGGUGGGACAUUUCUCAGUUACACAUCCGAUAUCAAAGCGAAAGCAGAAAAAGCUUUGGGUUUGAUAUCUGAGGAUGGCGAGGAUGAUGCUGAAGAAGACGACAGAGAUUCAUAUGAGAAAAAAGUUGACGAAAUCCAUCAAAGCGAUGAAAACGAUUACUCUUCUUACAUAGCCCUUGAUGAACACCACUUUCCUCUUGAUCCCAACAAGAAGCUUUACCGUGAAAUGAUCCUUGCCAAUAAUAUUUCAGUCUUCGACUUUAGAGUCUACAUUUUCUCCAGGCAACUGACGCUGCUGCUAAAGGCUGCAAGGGCUCCUUCGAUACGGAGAGGUGGGUUAUCAGAUAGCCAGGUUACGGGGAAACCAGAAAAGGAGCCCGAAGAUUUAACCCUUCUUGCGGAAGUAUGCGAGCGGGCAAGCGAAUUUAUUAGUAUUGGCUCGCGAACACUACGACACGACUUGCACGCCGUUCUAGAGGAUGUGGAACAUGAUCGCAACGAAUCCAGAGUCGCGGAUGUCAUAAAUAACAUCGUCUAUUCCUGGACGUAUUCAGCUGUUUCUCAGGUGCUGAUCCAAACCGCAACUGACUCCAUUGAGAUGCCGAAAACUUCGCUUCGAGACACACGGGACCUUAUGAAUACGGCAGUGCUUUCGAACUUUGUUGCAGGUACACGACCCGGUGUUCCUAAACGGUCAAGUUCGCUGAGUGCGAAUACCCUUAUUAAUGGUAGCUUCGAAAACCUAUCUACCAAAUUACAUAAUGGUGCUCAAAACAGAACACCGUUGGCUUCCCUAAAUCCAGGUGGUUCAAUACAACAAAAGACCGGACAGUUGGAAUUUGCAUCCUCACGCGGUAACUUGUUCCUCUAUGCGAGGCGUACACUUGAAAACCUUGGACGACGGCACGGUUGGUUUAAAAACUGGCGGGACCUGGGCUUACUAUUUGACAGCGAAACUGAAUAUGCCGUUACUGGUCUGAAGGAAGUAUCGUUAGAUGAAACUGGAGAAGGUUCCCAAAAAUAUACAGCAGCGGAAUCCAGAGCCAAGCCAUUUCUACGUGGGAUCGAGAAUCCACCUCUAAUGGCAGCCGUCAAGUCUGCAAAAAAUUUCCAUUUCAUAUACGAGGCACUAACUGAUCAGAUCUUUUGCUAUUACGUCUCAGCAAAUAGGACAAGGUCAGCUGAGAUGGCAAUGGCCGACAUUGCUGUUAUAAGGUACCGCGCAGGCGACUAUGCCACUGCGGCCUCGUAUUUUCAUCAAAUGAGCCCUUUCUAUUCUAGUAGCCACUGGGGCGUUUUGGAGGGAGCAAUGCUUGAGUUGUAUGGAAGAUGUCUAAAGCUCCUCGGUCGCAAAGAUGAUUACGUUCGAAUUCUUUUGAAGCUUCUUGGAAUUUAUGCUGGGGUCGCACAGUCUGGGCAAAAGGCGAGGGAUUUUCAAAGCAAGAGAAUAAAUUCUGCUCCCCCAUUGUCUUUCUCCCCAACUGCUCGCACCAUGGUUUCAAAUUAUGUGAAUGAUCUAUUCGAGUCAUCUCGCAGCCUUUCGAAUGGAUUGUCUGUCCCGCUUAAAGACUUUUUUGGUGGGAUCGAGGUUAGCCCGGCAAUCCAUCAUUUCAAAAACAAGGAUGGCAUGCUGGUACAACUUUCACUUCGAUUUCUGCUUGGAAAUAGCAUUAACGUUGACAGCGUGAAAUUACGAUUGGUUAACUCUGCAGAUGUCCAUAGCAGUGAAAUAUGGUUGGAGAAUUCGGGCGAUGUUGUGUUGAAGUCAACGACGUCAAUGGUCCCCCUUCAAUCUUUCGUUUCAGUCCAUGGAAAGUAUCUAGUCGAUUGCAUAGAGGUACGAGUAGGAAAUAUCUUGUUUGUUCAGCGUCAUGGAUCACCCUCGUUGUCCUUGUCUGCAGGAUUACAGCAACCUGGCACAGGUGAAUCCGGUGAGGAAGAUGACCACCCGUUCGUUUUUUGCUACCCUCCGGCCAGGGGACUUGAAGCAAAGCUUUCGCCUCCAUGUCAUAUCAAUUUGGGUGAACUGCGAACGAUUGAAGUUGCCCUAAAAAGUGGUUGGAAUAAUAUACUUAAGGGUAUUCUGCGUGUGAAACCUGCGACUGCUGGGCUACGACUCCGAAUUACUGAUGCGAGCAUUGUAGACGGCUCAGUGACAUUAACGGGGAACGGAGAAUUGGGGCAAAUUGAUUUUACGGAUUUUGGGCCAGACUCAUCGGCCAAAUUGAGUAUCCCAUACACGGUCGAGGAUGAUCAAACAUCUUUGUCUGCGCGUUUGGAAGUGGUGUAUGAUACACCAGAUGGCCAAUUUUCUUACUUCUCUGCCACCUCGAUCAUUUCAACAUUGCCUUUGAGCGUCAAUGUUCAAGAUAUGUUCAAAAAUGACUCGUUAAUGUCGAGAUUCACAAUUAGUCCAGCCAUGGUGACGCCUCUCCGGGUUCUAAACUGCGAAAUUCCCAGCUCAGACAUAUACAAGGUUGAAUCCGGCAUCUAUCAUGGGGAGACACUCGAUGUUUUCCCCAAACAGCCCGCGUCAUUGCUGUACAAAAUCAUUCCUCGCGGAGACACACCUCUGGAAACGGAAACCUCGAAACGGUCUCUUGCGCUGACGAUUGAUUUUGCUUGUCUCGAUGAGGAAUGCCUUGGCGUCAUCGAGGACCAAUUUAUGCGGGACAUUGGUUCAAGUAAAUUUCAGCAAAUAGCCCGACUGUUGACCCCUCGUCUUCUUGAUGCAUUUCGCUCGCAAUGGUCUGCCUAUGACUUGGAAACGAUCAGCCUCAUUCGGGAGGUCGAGAUGUUAUCAUACGAACAUGUCCAGUGGGAUUCUGUGACCAGUUCACUAGGCGGGAACUUCGGAAAGGAGGUUGUCUCAUGGCUCAAGGAAUGGCACGCGCAACAUCCCGUACUACCCCUUCCUGACAUCAAUACCGCCGCACCCAACCGUCAGAUAAUCAUCCCCGUUGACGUCCCCGAGAUCCAAAUCGUGCACACCGCCAACCUCUCCAUUCCCAAACCGAGCAACCUCACCCAUGCCACGGUAGGCGAGAUGAUCCCGGCAACCCUGACAAUAUACCACACACGACGAUGGUGUCCCGUAGAGAGCCGGGAGCCAGAGUCUAGCCUAGAAUUCUCAUACGAGCUCCUCGUUAAUCCAGACAUAUGGCUAGUUGGAGGUCGCAGACGAGGUAAUUUCACCGCCAAGGAGGGCGAGAGCCGCUCGUUCACCGUCAUGCUACUUCCUCAGAGACCGGGACAUCUACUGUUGCCGGGCCUCGAGAUUAAGACGUUUGUUAUGCAAGUGUCUGACCCGGAGUUUGUCUCAGCUCCACAGCGGAAGCUGGUUCCUUGUGAGGUUGAUUACCAGAACCAUGCUGAGACUGUGUUGGUGUCGCCGAAUCUGAGGAAGACAACAGUUACCUUGGAUGUCUCUGGAGGUGGUGGGGUGGGUAGCUGGCUGGUUGAAUCUGAACGGAGGGUUGGCAUUGCUGGUUGA